GCUGUACAAGUGGACUGGCAACUCUUGUCAGGUUCUGUCAAUGUCAUUCUUUUACCUCCGAACAGUCAAUGUCGGUGGUGGUUUGAAUAACCAAAAUUUGCCAAAAUGUCGCUGGUAAUUCCGGACAAGUUUCAACACAUUCUUCGUAUUAUGAAUACGAACAUCGAUGGCAAACGUAAAGUUAUGUUUGCCAUGACUGCUAUCAAGGGAGUCGGUCGUAGAUAUUCUAAUAUCGUACUGAAGAAGGCUGACAUUGAUCUUGACAAGCGUGCUGGUGAAUGCACCGAAGAGGAGGUUGAGAAGAUCAUUACUAUCAUGUCCAACCCCAGACAAUACAAAAUCCCAGACUGGUUCCUCAACAGGCAGAAGGAUAUUGUUGACGGCAAGUACAGCCAGCUGACAUCAUCCAACUUGGACUCAAAACUCCGUGAGGACUUGGAAAGGCUCAAGAAGAUCCGUGCCCACAGGGGUAUGCGUCACUACUGGGGCCUGCGUGUGCGUGGUCAGCACACCAAGACUACUGGCAGGAGAGGAAGAACUGUUGGUGUGUCUAAGAAGAAGUAAUUUUAAAUAAAAAACAUUUAACUGCA